CGAACAACAACAUUGACGAAAAAUCGACGAUGGAUCAAACGCAGGACUUCAAGACCUUGCAGGAUCAAGUCCAGAGUGCUUUGAUCGCUACAACUCGAACCGCUGGGCAAAUUGCUUCCGAAGAUCUCGGCUUCCAUCGUUCCUUCAACAAAGAAGUUGGUACCGCCCUGGAUGAGCAAAGCCAGCGCCUGCUUUCGCUCGCAAGCGCUUUACUGAAGUCUGCGGCUUCGAUCGCGGAGCUACGUGCGCCAGUAUUAGAAGAUGCAGAUGAUUUGGAGAACGAUUGGCGCGGGGUUGUGGACGUGGUCGAUUCCCUCCUGGAAAAGUCGGACAUUUGCCUGGACGAGUACACUGGUGUGAUCAAGCGCAAAGAGCCUACAGCGAGUGAACAAACCUCACAAGCAGCUUCAAAGUCGAACAAACCAGGAUUAAAUUUAGGACUUGCAUUUCGUACUCAGAAUAUCGUCAAACCUCAACUUACCUUCGAUGUCAAGCCAAAUAAUCACGACAAUUCACCAUGGAAGCCAAUUCUUUCCUCGAAGCCACAUGCCAUAGUACCUCUAGAGAAAGCCCUUAGCACUAUUGUCGAUGAAACAGAUCAACCACAAUAUCGCCAUCCGUAUGAGACGGAGAUCUUGAAUCUGCAAUAUCCCGAGACAGUGUACCAGGAAGCAACGCCGAUUCCUUAUCUUCCAAUGGCAACUACUUCUGCAACCUUUGUUGACACCGAGGAAGGCGUCGUCGAGAUGUUGAACGAGCUCAAAGACGCUACAGAAAUUGCGAUUGAUCUCGAGCAUCACGAUGCUAGGUCUUACGUUGGUCUGGUUUCUUUAAUGCAGAUCAGUACUCGACACAAAGAUUGGAUUGUGGAUACUCUGAAACCUUGGAGACAGAAUUUGCAAGUGCUCAAUGAAGUAUUCGCUAAUCCAAAAAUCGUCAAGGUCUUCCAUGGAGCUUUCAUGGAUAUGGUGUGGCUGCAGCGCGACCUUGGCCUAUAUGUGGUAGGGUUGUUCGAUACUCACUGGGCAAGCCGUUCUCUUGGUUAUGCUGGAGGAAGUUUAGCAUUCUUACUCAAGAAGUUCAUUAAUUUUGAUGCAGACAAGAAGUAUCAGAUGGCAGAUUGGAGGAUCAGACCUUUACCCAAGGAGAUGUUCUUCUACGCCAGAGCUGAUACUCAUUUUCUUCUUUACAUCUACGAUUGCAUGCGCAACGAGUUAGUAGAAAAGUCUAAAUCGGAUGUGGACGAGGAGAAUUACAUCGAGAUUGUUCUCCAGAAGUCUAAGGAGGUUUCUUUACUCCGUUACGAGCGCCAAAUCUACAAUGCAGAAAGCGGUCGAGGACCAGGCGGAUGGUACUCGCUGUUGAUCAAGACACCAGCUCUCCUGAGUAAUGAGCAAUUCGCUGUUUUCCAAGCCGUUCACCAUUGGCGUGAUAAAAUUGCAAGAGCAGACGACGACAGUCCAACAUUUAUCAUGCCUCAGCACGUGGUGAUGAGCCUCGCAAAAUUGAUGCCUAUGGAUAUGGUUGCUCUGUUGGGAAUCGCACAUCCAGUGUCACACGCUGUGAAAUCUCGUGCUGGCGAACUUCUGGACAUCAUCAAAUCUGCCAAAGCUCAAGGCAAGAAUGGACCAAGCAUGAUGGAUGUUCUGCGCCCCGAUACGGUAGGUGCUAUUGCGAGAGCAAAUAUCCCUUCAGUCGCUGCGAAGAACACAAUAAAGACUAUGGUUGCUGUUGUGGACGAAGGCGAACUUCGUAGCAACAACUCGGCCUUCUGGGGAGGUGCCUUUGGAAGUAGCAUAUGGGAUGGUCCAACGUUGACUCACAAUACCAAGUUGACGCUCUCGGUACCAUUACCGGCACUGUCGUCCGAGGUCUUCUCUGCUUCAACUGGCUUUGCAACUGAGGCUACACCUGUCAAGGAACUUGCAAAAGACGUUACGCCGUCACCCGAACCAGCUCCAAAAGCAGAUGAGCCGUUCGUACUCAAGCGUGGUUCAAAGCGAAAGAGCGACAUGAUCUCAGACAUGGAGAGCUCGGAUGGCGAAUUCGACAUCUCCUUCAAAGACCUUGAAGAAGAUCCGGCCGUUGCCAAAGCCGCUCGGAAAGCUGAAAGAAAAGCCGAAAGGCGAGCCAGAAAAGCUGCAAAGAAAGCUGCCAAGGCCGAAGCUGCAGCUAAAGCAUCGGACAGCGAUGAAGACGACGAGGAUGAACCGUUCGAUUACAGCAAAGCAGAAUCGGUGCUGAAUGCGAAGCGGAAGGCAGAGGAUCACAAGAGCGGAAGCAAGAAGAAACAAAAGCCUUUCGAUCCCUAUUCAAAAUCCGCAGAUGCUCCUAAGGGUAUGCGAAGACAACAAACGGAGAGGUCGGGCAAGAGUCACACUUUCAAGAAGUGAGUGGUGGGGAGAUGUGUUAUGAAUUAUGAAAAAGGAACCCUACCCCGAAUUGGCAGGUACUGAGGAUUGCAAAGGAGCAAUACUACCGAUGAAAUUAGAGAAGGCAUUGCCUCACUCUUCUAAUACCCCUGAGCCUGCGAGGCCUGCCCUUCUCCUGCUAGAGAUGACUUGCUUAUCCAGCUACUUAGCUAGCUGAAGCGCACUAGAAAGUUUCUGCGUAGUCUCAAAUAAAUCGCAGAUUUCCC